GCCGACCCGGCCCAGUCUGCCACGGACGGUGGUGGUCCAUGAAAAAACGCCUAAUCGUGUGUGCGUGUGUGACGAUUUCGAUUUGCCAGGAACCCUACUCCGCCUUCGUUUCGGUUUUUAAUUUAGUUUCGCGAGCCUUUUUCACUUAAAAAAUGCUGCCCCCGGCAUAGCAAUGGUGCGAGCUGUUUUAUUUGAGAAAGUUUAGGUGGCAGUAGCGAAAGGAAGGAAGAAGCGCCACCGCCCUUCGCCCCCAGCGUACAUCGUCAUCGUGUGCUGGUGUCAUCGAACUUCCGAUGGCUCCCUGUGUGUGAAGCCGUGGUGCAGCCCGUUUUUCCUCACAGCAACCGGUUCGCGUUGCGUUUCCACCCCACACACGGGCUAUCGGUCUGUGGUUGCCAUGCAAAAAGUGCUUGGAAUGGAAUCGGUGUUGGUUCCGUUUAGUGAAAAUAUGUGCAUAAUGGUUCUCUCCGUUUUUAAGAGGAUAUAAAAAAUAGAGUUGUGUGAAUAAGUAGAAAAGAAAAAUCAUCACAAAGAAAGUGGUGGUGGUGCAUUUUAGCUUGCUGUACUCCGCAGAGUGCUAAGGCAAGCAUCUAUCCUGUGUGGGUACGCGGUGCGAGUGACGCUAUGGAAAUGUGUAUGUCGUGUGUGUUAGUGUGUGUGUGUAGAGGAGAAAAUUAUUUCUUCUCCUUAUCGUGUGAAGUGCUUCUUCUACAUGUCCCGUUCUCUCUUUCUGCACCGCCUCCACCUCAACGCUGUGGUGCAUCGUCAUUCUGCUGGGAGGAAAGGGGCCAUCGCACGAAAAGAGUGAAACCAAACAAAAACAGAUCAAACCCCCAGCUCCGCAGAGGAGGCAGAAAAACCCUGCACAUGCCCCCUGUUCAAGCAGUGCGCGCGUGUGUGUUACGUCAAACGGUUGGUGCCGCGGGCGAAGGAAGAUGAAUGUGUUGUCGGUGGCGGAACGAAGAAGAACGCAUCGGGUGUUUAUUUUCCGUUCCCUGCCGUGCGGCGUGACUGUCGCUGCCCGUGACACCGUGUGUGGUGUGGUAGAACAUUUGCCCCAGCAGUUUGGUCGCAUCCGUAGCACCUUUCCGUCGGUGCGCCGAAAGCAGCGUGCCCUGCUGUUGUCCGACCAGCACAAAAGAGCGCGCAAUUGAACGAACGAGCGAAAUCGAAAACCCCAGCAGCAGCAGCGGCCCGCGUCUGUGUGUUUGUGUGUAUUUUUGUGUGUGUGUGCGCGCGCGUUCGUGCUUAACGAAACCUUUGCACUGCCCCGCCGAAGUGUCAGAGCGGUGCGCCGCCGUGGUCGCUUGACGAAAACGUCAAACCCAUAUUCAUCCAUCUUUACUUAACGAAGUUGUGCAGUUGCGUCCGACUAAAAAUGGGCAGUGGGUUCGCGACGGAAGAAAAUGGCGUCUGCCAACUUUUUGGAGGAAGCUCUUAAAUCAGACGUCGACGAGUCCGCGGUGAAUGCGAUUGUCGGUACGCUGGAAAACCAGCUGGACGUGAACACAAACCAACCGCCAGCGGCAGGAGUGCAACAAGUCGACGGUGGGAAACGCACCGAAACGACGGCCGUCCUGUCUAAUGGGGGCACGGCGACUGGUGCCAGCAGCAAUCGCAGUAGCAGUGCUUCACCACCAACAGCAGCAGCAGCAGCAGCAGCAGUGUCGAAGAAGCACGUCGUCGUCGGCGGCGGCGGUGGCCUCAUUACGAAUGGUGAAAUAGUGUCGAAUAAUAGUGCGAACCACGGUGGCAGUGCUAUCAUUAACAACAAUACGAUUACGACCAACAACAACAACCUUGGCAAGACGUUCGUGGUGAACGCGAGUGUGCACAGCUCGAUAACGUCCUCGACGACGACGUCGGGCACAGUGAUCGGCAGUGGUGGUGGUAGUGGUGGUGUCAAAACGGUUGUUGGCGGCAGCGCUAAUAACCAUAAUAGCGUUGGUAGUGUGAGUGUAUCGUUAUCGAACAGCAAUAAUAAUAAUAGUGGUGGUGCUCAGCAGCAACAGCACCAGCAGCAGCAGCAGCAGCAGCAGCAGCAGCAGCAGCAGCAGCAUCAUCAGCUGCAACGUAACGCGCACCCAGCAACGGUGGUUGCCACGGGGGGUACAACCGGCGGCGGAGGCGGCGGAACCGUCAACAUCAUCAGCCAGCAGAUCGUGGUGCCUGCGCGCAGCGGUAGCGGCACUACCGUCGUUGGCGGCCAGCAGCACCACCAGCAUCCUCCUCCUCCGCCGUUCAACGUCCCGCCGCAGCAGCCGACGAACGUCAGCAGCAGCGGGAACAUCGUACUGAGCAGCAACGCGCACCACCACCACAUCGUAACGUCGUCGAAUAUGCCAAAGAAUGAACCAGUGAAGCUGGUUUAUCCUGCCGGCGGUCCACAGGCGGUGCUCAACAUGAACAACAACCGGGUCACGCUGACCCCGUCCUCGCUGCCGAACGGGGGCACGCUCACCAUGUCCCAGCAGCCGCAGCUGAUCCAGACGAGCGUUGGCGGCGCGAAAACGCUGACCGGCGCCACGAUCCAGCAGCACCAGCAGCAGCAGCAGCAGGCGACGGUCGUAAACCAGGCCGGCCAGCAGCAGCAGCAACAGGGGCAGCAACCGGGCCAGCAGACGAUCAUCAUCAAGAACGCGUCCGGCGGCAACACGGUCAUGAAUGCCGGGGCGCCCGGCAUCGUGACGGUUUCGAAACCGAUGAACAAUCAGGCAACACCAAACAUAGUCGGUUUACCCGGUGGUGUACAAAUUGUAAAUGUUAGACCCGGCGCACAACCCACACAAGCACAGCAGAAAACUGUUGCCGCUGUAUCACCUAGAGUUGUCAUUGGUAGUCAGCCAAUAGUUAGUACUAGACCACCAAACGCAAGCGCUAUCACUUUAAGUGCCCUUCAAGGACAGCCGGGUUCGACGCUGCUGCUGAAGAAUGAGCAGGGCCAGUUUCAGCUGCUCCGGAUCGGACCGGCCCCCGCCGGUACCCAAAUCACGCCCGCCGGUCUGACGGGGUCGUCCGCGAAUCAGACGAUACGGUUGCAAACUGUACCAGCUACACAUUCAUCCGGUUCCGGUGCAAUAAUAGUAAGCUCUCAGUCGAUAACGACGACCCCGGCCAGCUACAUCUCGACCCAGCCGACGCCGGUCGCAUCGGUCGCGCCGGUACCGGCCCUGGCCGCGCAGCAAAAUAUCACGAUCACUCACUCGCCGUCCCAGGUGGGAGGGCAACCGACCGUGCUGGCGGCACAGCAGCAGCAGCAGCAGCAGACGACGACGGUCGUCGCAACACCUCAUUCCGUGGGCCAACAGCAGUCGCAGCAGCAGCAGCAGCAGACGGUGGUGGUCACUACCACGCCCGGCACGACGCCGGCCCAGCAGCGAAACUCCUUAGAUAAUACCAAAGAAAAGUGUAGCAAAUUUUUGACGAACCUGAUCGAACUCUCCAAGCGGGAACCGGCCAAGGUGGAGCAGAAUGUGCGAACGCUGAUACAGGAGUUGGUGGACGCGAACGUCGAUCCGGCGGAGUUUUGCGAGCGGCUCGAGCGUCUGCUGAAUGCGAGUCCGCAGCCCUGCUUGAUUGGGUUUUUAAAGAAAAGCUUACCACUGCUAAGGCAAUCGCUAGUGACUAAAGAGAUAACGAUCGAAGGUAUCAACCCGCCCUCAACCGCUGUAGCAUUCGGCACUACCGCCUUAUCCCAAAUUCCUGCCCAAAUACGCCCGGUCGCACCGACGAUCGUGUCGCAGAACAGCAUGGUCGGCCAGACGCAAAUCCGCAUGCUAACCUCUCAGUCCGGCGUGACGACGGUGCCACGCAUCGGGCAGACCACCAUCCGGCCGGCGGCACCCGUGCGAAUACAGACGCCGCUGCAGCAGCAGCAGCAGCCCGGCGGCGGCACAACGACCACGAUCGUGGGACCACGCUCCAUCACUGCCCAGCAGAUCCGACCGAACGCGACCACGAUCGGCCACACGACGAUCGUGCAGACGGCGGGCGGUCAGCAGCUGCCACAAACCAUCUCAACCACACCCCCUGCAUUGCUACCGAUUCGCGCACCAUCGGGCACCUCGAUUACACGUACUGGUGCGACGUUACAGAUACGCACCACUACGCCGGUGUCGCGCACGGUCACGUCCGUCGGCGGCACGACGGUGACGACCGGCGGGCUCGGCAAACAGCUCCUCCAGUCGCAGGUCAAUCAGAUCCGGGGCCAGACGCCGGUCGCCUCGGUCGCGGCCGUUGCUGCCGCGGCGGCGGCCGCCGCCUCCGGCACGACCGCGACGCAGGUCAAGCAAGUGACAGCAAUUACCGGCGGCGGGAACGUGGUGGUCAGUUUGAACCAAGUGCCACCACCGAUGCAGCCAGUCUCAGGGAACGCCAGCAUCAUUGGCGGCACGGCCGUCAGCCUGGUGCCAACGAUGCCCGCCCUCACGCUCACCUCGUCGGCGGUCAGUGCCGUCGGGCUGAGCGCCGCCGGCAUUGUGUCCUCCUCUUCCGCUUCCUCCUCCUCCGCCUCCUCCUCUUCCUCGGCAGCGACAACGGUGGGGCCGCCCGGUGGCAUUUCCGCGACGGUAGUAGUGAACUCCGUCCCGUCAGCCACACCGGCGGCGGCGGUGGCGUCCGCGGCGGCUCCACCCACGGGAACUACUUCGAUCGGCACGGCAGCAAGCGGCGUCGGUGGCGCGUCCAGCAGCAGCAGCAGCAGCAGCAGUGCUGCGACCGUCACGACCGUAUCGACUAAUAAAACUGUUACCGCUAAAUCGCAGAACCUCUCGGGGGCGUCCAAGAAGAAGGCUGGCGCGGCGUCGGCCGCGAGCGGCCCGGACGCGGAGAGUGCGGCAAGCAAGCGGGCGGGCGCGUCGGCCCAGUCGCAGUUCUACCACCACCACGCGUCCAUGUACGGGGACGACGACAUCAACGAUGUGGCGGCGAUGGGCGGCGUCAACCUGGCGGAGGAAACGCAGCGCAUCCUCGGGUCGACCGAGUUCGUCGGCACGCAGAUCCGGUCGUGCAAGGACGAGGUGUUUCUGCACCUGCCCGCCCUGCAGUCGAGAAUACGGGCGAUCAUUGCGCGGCACGGGCUGGAGGAGCCGAGCAACGAGGUGGCGGUGCUGAUAUCGCACGCCUGCCAGGAGCGGCUGAAGAACGUCGUGGAGAAGCUGGCCAUCAUUGCGGAGCACCGGAUAGAUAUUAUCAAGGUGGAUCCACGGUACGAAGUCACCAAGGACGUGCGGGGACAGAUAAAGUUUCUCGAAGAGCUCGACAAGGCGGAGCAAAAGCGGCACGAAGAGCAGGAGCGUGAAAUGCUGAUGCGGGCCGCGAAAUCGCGCUCGAAAACGGAAGAUCCGGAGCAGGCCAAGCUGAAGGCGAAGGCGAAAGAAAUGCAACGUGCCGAAAUGGAAGAGCUCCGGCAGCGAGACGCCAAUUUGACCGCCCUGCAAGCCAUCGGGCCGCGAAAGAAGCCCAAGCUAGAGGAAGGAGCCUCGGCAUCCACCACGCCCGGUGUGUCCGGAAUUAGUACGCUAAGCGGGAAGGCGCCCACCCCGCUGCGGCCGCGCAUCAAACGUGUCAACCUGCGUGAUAUGCUGUUCUAUCUGGAGCAGGAGAGGGAAACGGGCAAAAGUCAGAUGCUUUACAAAGCCUACCUCAAGUGAUCGAUCGUGCUGCUGUCGCCGGUGGAGGCUAGGGAACGGAUCAGGAUGAUGAUGAUGUUGCUGAUGGUGCUGUUGAUCGAGUUCCUCCAGCGCAGGACUCUACCACACCUGCACACUUGUUUCCACACCGAUGGCGGCUUUUGUUACACAAACGUGUCUGAAUGUGUGUA